AGUGCUAAAGUAGGAGUCAUAUGAUUCAUACAGUCAUACAAUACACUGCUUAUCACUGGUUGUGGCGAAAGCUUAUCAGUCGUAAGAGUUUUUGAAUCAACUUUUGAAUACAGUUUCGUACGUUUGUGUCAUUUGAAUGUGUGUCCAGUUGUCAACACUUUAUAAUUGUGUCGAUAUUUAUAUUGUGUUCAGAAAUACAAACAGUUUAUAAGAGUUGAGUGAAAGUGCUUUCAUUUAAAGCUUAAGAAUCGACUGAUAAUUAACUCGUGAGGAAUGACUACGAAGACAACGCCGGAUACGCCGACAACGGCUGUAUUAGAUCCACACAAACGACUACUAAUCCGAAACCAAUUGCUUCUGAUCCUACACUCGAAGACAUGUCACUCGAAGUCGUGUCCCAAAGCCAACUGUUCCACUGUGAAGACUGUUCUCCAGCACAUGAAGUCAUGUACUGCCGCCAAUUCAUGUCCAGUUGCCCACUGUCUCAGCACCCGUCAGAUCAGUUCCCAUUGGCAUAACUGUGUCCGCACUGACACUACUUGUGAGGUCUGUUCCCCAUUGAAAGAGCGUUACAUCGAGCGGAAGGCCGAGUUGGCUCAGCAAAGUGGUGGCACAGUAUCCGAUGGCAAACACUGGCACUCAUGGAUAACACGUGACGUUCGCAACCGUUUGAUCGAAAAGCUGGUUCUGUCGCUCAUCUCGAGUUCAAAUGUCAAUGACUUGGAGGACAUGACUGUCAGACAUGUCUUCAACUAUGCUUUCGGUAUAGAAGAGGAUAUCUAUAAGAGCGCCGACAGUCUCGUUCAGUACACACACUUGUUUUGGCAGAAGAUCUACAUCAUUGAGAACAAUGGCAAACGCUUGAGACAACUGAGCGCUUCUGUGGGCGAUGUCACCAAAGGAUUCGAUUGUCUCGUCUUGGAAUCGAUGCUCGAGUCGGACAAUGAUUUCAGGGCUAAUGUCUUAAACUAACAAUGAAUUGAUGCUAAUGUUUGGGAAGUAAUGUCUUUCAGUACCCCUAUUAUCAACAUACUUGACAUUAAUUAAUGAAAUGAAAGUUUUUUACCAUGUUAAUUGUUUUAUCCCUUAAUAUGAGAGUAUUUUAUUUAAUUCUAACGCAAAAUCUUUUCACUAUUCAGCAAAACUAGAAUAAACUAAAUUAAACCAGCACA